GCUGCUGUUCCUGCUGUUGAGCCUCCUUCUGCCCAAGUCUAGCCAUGAACCCGGCCGAGGGGGCAGCGGAGGAAGGGGCAGUUCCCGAUUCCGAGGUGGAUGCCUUUUUCCGAACAGGAUCUUUCCGAAAUGAUGGCUUAAAAGCUGCUGAUGUCCUUCCUAUAUUAAAGGAAAAAGUGGCCUUUGUGUCAGGUGGCCGUGAUAAACGAGGAGGUCCUAUCCUGACAUUUCCAGCACGCAGCAAUCAUGAUAGAAUAAGGCAGGAAGACCUUCGGAAACUUGUGACUUACUUGGCUAGCGUACCGAGUGAAGAUGUCUGCAAACGAGGGUUUACUGUCAUCAUUGAUAUGAGGGGGUCUAAAUGGGACCUGAUCAAGCCUCUCUUGAAGACCCUCCAGGAGGCCUUCCCUGCGGAAAUUCAUGUUGCCCUGAUAAUCAAGCCCGAUAACUUCUGGCAGAAACAGAAGACAAAUUUUGGAAGUUCAAAAUUCAUCUUUGAGACAAGUAUGGUUUCCGUUGAAGGCCUAGCAAAACUGGUGGAUCCCUCCCAACUAACAGAGGAAUUUGAAGGAUCCUUGGAUUACAAUCAUGAUGAAUGGAUAGAGUUGAGAGUCUCCCUGGAAGAGUUUUUCAACAGUGCUAUCCAUUUGUUAUCCAGACUAGAGGACCUUCAGGAAAUGUUGGCUAGGAAGGAAUUUCCAGUGGAUGUGGAGGGUUCAAGAAGAUUGAUAGAUGAACACACACAACUCAAGAAGAAAGUAAUUAAAGCUCCAGUAGAAGAAUUAGACCGUGAAGGUCAGAGAUUAUUGCAAUGCAUAAGGUGCAGUGAUGGUUUUUCUGGUAGGAACUGCAUUCCUGGCAGUGCAGAUUUCCAAAGCCUUGUGCCAAAGAUCACCAGCCUUUUGGACAAACUGCAUUCAACACGGCAACACUUACAUCAGAUGUGGCAUGUCCGCAAGCUGAAACUAGAUCAGUGCUUUCAACUUCGACUAUUUGAACAAGAUGCAGAAAAGAUGUUUGACUGGAUCAGCCACAACAAAGAGUUGUUCCUGCAGAGUCACACUGAAAUUGGGGUGAGCUACCAACAUGCUCUUGAUUUACAGACCCAGCAUAACCACUUUGCUAUGAAUUCCAUGAAUGCCUAUGUUAAUAUAAACCGUAUAAUGUCAGUAGCUUCCAGGCUUUCAGAGGCUGGCCAUUAUGCAUCUCAACAAAUUAAACAGAUCUCUACCCAGCUAGAUCAAGAGUGGAAGAGCUUUGCUGCAGCACUGGAUGAGCGCAGCACCAUUCUAGCCAUGUCUGCUGUGUUUCACCAAAAGGCUGAACAGUUCCUAUCUGGUGUGGAUGCCUGGUGCAAAAUGUGCAGCGAGGGAGGCCUUCCAUCAGAAAUGCAAGACCUGGAAUUGGCCAUCCAUCAUCAUCAGUCCCUCUAUGAACAAGUCACCCAGGCUUACACAGAGGUUAGCCAGGAUGGAAAGGCUUUGCUGGAUGUUCUACAGCGUCCCUUGAGUCCUGGGAACUCUGAAUCUCUUACUGCCACAGCUAAUUAUUCCAAGGCUGUUCACCAAGUUUUGGAUGUGGUCCAUGAAGUCUUACAUCACCAAAGGCGCUUGGAGAGCAUCUGGCAGCACAGAAAGGUCCGGUUACAUCAGAGGCUUCAACUUUGUGUUUUCCAGCAAGAUGUUCAGCAGGUGUUAGACUGGAUUGAAAACCAUGGGGAAGCCUUUCUUAGUAAACACACUGGAGUGGGAAAGUCCCUUCAUAGGGCACGAGCUCUUCAGAAAAGACAUGAUGAUUUUGAAGAAGUGGCACAGAAUACCUAUACCAAUGCAGACAAGCUACUGGAAGCUGCAGAGCAGUUGGCUCAGACUGGAGAAUGUGACCCUGAAGAGAUCUACAAAGCAGCACGACAUCUAGAAGUGAGGAUUCAGGACUUUGUCAGAAGAGUGGAACAAAGGAAGCUUCUUUUGGACAUGUCAGUCUCAUUCCACACUCAUACUAAAGAGCUCUGGACAUGGAUGGAAGACCUUCAAAAAGAGCUCUUGGAAGAUGUCUGUGCUGACUCUGUGGAUGCUGUUCAAGAACUCAUUAAGCAGUUCCAGCAGCAGCAAACAGCUACUUUGGAUGCUACCCUUAAUGUCAUCAAAGAAGGUGAAGAUCUAAUCCAGCAGCUCAGGGAUUCAGCAGUCUCCAACAAUAAAACACCACACAAUAGCUCGAUCAGCCACAUAGAGUCUGUCCUUCAGCAGCUUGAUGAAGCUCAGGUACAGAUGGAAGAGCUCUUCCAUGAGAGAAAAAUUAAGCUAGACAUCUUCCUUCAACUCCGGAUUUUCGAACAAUACACCAUUGAGGUGACAGCUGAGUUAGAUGCCUGGAAUGAAGACCUACUAAGACAAAUGAACGAUUUCAAUACUGAGGAUCUGACCCUAGCAGAGCAGCGUCUUCAGCGACACACAGAGCGGAAGUUGGCUAUGAAUAACAUGACUUUUGAGGUUAUCCAACAAGGGCAAGAUUUGCAUCAGUACAUCAUGGAAGUCCAAGCUUCAGGUAUUGAACUGAUCUGUGAAAAGGACAUUGAUCUAGCAACACAAGUACAGGAGCUGCUGGAAUUUCUUCAUGAGAAGCAACAUGAGCUGGAGCUCAAUGCUGAUCAGACACACAAGCGGCUGGAGCAGUGCCUUCAGCUCCGGCAUCUGCAGGCAGAGGUCAAGCAGAAGACGCACCAGAGUGCGCUCCAGGUGCAGCAGAAGGCGGAGGUGUUGCUGCAGGCCGGGCACUAUGAUGCUGAUGCCAUCAGGGAAUGCGCAGAAAAGGUGGCAUUGCACUGGCAGCAACUCAUGCUGAAGAUGGAGGAUAGGCUGAAGCUGGUUAAUGCAUCUGUUGCUUUUUAUAAAACCUCAGAACAGGUUUGCAGUGUACUAGAGAGUUUGGAACAGGAGUACCGAAGAGAUGAAGACUGGUGUGGAGGCCGGGAUAAGCUUGGACCAGCAUCUGAAAUAGACCAUGUUAUUCCUUUAAUCAGCAAACAUCUGGAACAGAAGGAAGCCUUUCUCAAGGCCUGCACACUAGCACGAAGGAAUGCAGAAGUGUUUCUCAAGUACAUUCACCGAAACAACGUCAGCAUGCCAGGGGUAGUGAGCCAUACGAGGGGACCUGAGCAACAAGUCAAAGCCAUUCUGAGUGAACUACUGCAGAGGGAGAACCGUGUUCUUCACUUCUGGACCUUGAAGAAACGGCGACUGGAUCAGUGCCAGCAGUAUGUGGUGUUUGAGCGGAGUGCUAAGCAGGCCUUAGACUGGAUUCAAGAUUCAGGAGAGUAUUAUCUCUCAACUCACAACUCCACAGGGGAAUCAGCAGAAGAAACAGAGGAACUCUUGAAAGAAUAUGGAGAAUUCAAAGUACCUGCCAAGCAAACCAAGGAGAAAGUGAAGCUUCUCAUUCAGCUGGCUGACAGCUUUGUAGAGAAAGGACAUACUCAUGCCAGCGAAAUUAGGAAAUGGGUUACCACCGUUGACAAACAUUAUCGAGACUUUUCUCUGAGGAUGGGGAAAUACCGUUACUCUUUGGAAAAAGCUCUUGGAAUAAAUACAGAGGAUAACAAGGACCUCGAAUUGGACAUUAUUCCAGCAAGUCUGUCAGAUCGUGAGGUGAAGCUGCGCGAUGCCAAUCAUGAGGCUAAUGAGGAAAAAAGGAAGUCAGCCAGAAAGAAAGAAUUCAUCAUGGCUGAACUGCUUCAGACUGAGAAGGCAUAUGUCAGGGAUUUGCAUGAAUGUUUAGAGACCUACCUUUGGGAAAUGACGAGUGGAGUAGAGGAGAUACCCCAAGGAAUUCUUAACAAGGAGCACAUAAUAUUUGGCAACAUACAAGAGAUCUAUGACUUUCAUAAUAACAUUUUUCUGAAAGAACUAGAAAAAUAUGAACAACUCCCUGAAGAUGUGGGUCAUUGCUUUGUCACCUGGGCAGAUAAAUUUCAGAUGUAUGUUACCUACUGCAAAAACAAACCUGACUCAAGCCAACUGAUCCUAGAGCAUGCAGGAACAUUCUUUGAUGAAAUUCAACAAAGACAUGGGCUGGCCAACUCCAUUUCCUCCUACUUAAUCAAGCCUGUCCAGAGGAUUACCAAGUAUCAACUUUUAUUGAAGGAACUUUUAACAUGCUGUGAAGAAGGAAAGGGGGAACUCAAGGAUGGUUUGGAAGUAAUGCUCAGUGUCCCUAAGAAAGCCAAUGAUGCCAUGCAUGUCAGCAUGCUGGAAGGUUUUGAUGAAAAUUUGGAUGUUCAAGGAGAACUGAUUCUUCAGGAUUCCUUCCAAGUAUGGGAUCCCAAGUCUCUCAUCCGGAAGGGCCGCGAGAGGCACUUGUUUCUCUUUGAAAUUUCUCUUGUUUUCAGCAAAGAGAUCAAAGAUUCUGCAGGACACACUAAAUAUGUUUACAAGAAUAAAUUACUGACCUCAGAGCUGGGAGUGACGGAACACGUGGAAGGAGAUCCCUGCAAAUUUGCCUUGUGGUCUGGUCGGACUCCCUCUUCCGAUAACAAAACUGUGCUUAAAGCUUCCAAUAUUGAAACAAAGCAGGAAUGGAUAAAAAAUAUUCGGGAAGUCAUACAGGAAAGGAUUAUACACUUAAAAGGAGCUUUGAAAGAGCCAAUACAACUCCCCAAGACUCCAGCAAAGCAAAGAAACAACAGUAAAAGAGAGGGAGGAGAAGAUGUUGACAGCCAAGGAGAUGGGAGUAGUCAACCUGACACAAUUUCAAUUGCAUCCAGGACUUCUCAGAAUACAGUAGACAGUGACAAGCUGUCUGGAGGAUGUGAACUCACCGUGGUGCUACAAGAUUUUAUUGCCAGCCACAGUAGUGAGCUGAGUAUCCAGGUGGGACAAACUGUGGAGCUACUAGAAAGGCCGAGCGAAAGGCCAGGCUGGUGCCUGGUGCGGACCACAGAGCGGAGUCCUCCUCAGGAAGGCCUGGUCCCCAGCAGUGCACUUUGCAUUUCCCAUUCCCGGAGUAGCGUGGAGAUGGACUGCUUCUUCCCUUCAGGAAAAGAUUCCUAUUCGGCCUCCUCCAAUGAAAAUGGCGGGAAAUCAGAAUCAGUAGCCACUUUACAGCCUCAGACAUCCCUCAAUUCCAUCCAGAGCUCCCCAGGGCCAAAGCGCUCAACCAACACCCUGAAAAAAUGGCUAACGAGUCCUGUGCGCCGGCUGAACAGUGGGAAGGCAGAUGGUAACAUCAAAAAACAGAAGAAAGUCCGUGAAGGAAGGAAAAGCUUUGACCUGGGAUCCCCCAAGCCUGGAGAUGAGACCCUACCUCAGGGAGACAGUGCAGACGAGAAGACCAAGAAAGGUUGGGGCGAAGAUGAACCAGAUGAAGAAUCUCAUACACCACUUCCUCCUCCAAUGAAGAUUUUUGAAAAUGAUCCUACACAGGAUGAGAUGUCCUCCUCUUUGCUAGCUGCUCGACAGAGCACCUCCGAUGUUCCAACUGCAGCGGAUCUUGUCAGUGCAAUAGAAAAACUGGUCAAAAGCAAGCUGACAUUAGAAGGAGGCUCCUACCGAGGAAGCUUAAAAGAUGCUACUGGAUGCUUGAAUGAAAAUUUGACACCUUCAACUCCUCCUCCUUCAAGGAACCUUGAAGAGGAACAAAAAGCCAAAGCUAUGAGAGGCAGAAUGUUUGUUCUAAAUGAAUUGGUACAGACAGAGAAAGACUAUGUGAAAGACUUAGGAAUUGUGGUAGAGGGCUUCAUGAAAAGAAUUGAAGAAAAAGGUGUCCCUGAAGACAUGAAAGGGAAAGACAAGAUUGUAUUUGGAAACAUUCACCAAAUCUAUGACUGGCACAAAGAUUUUUUUCUUGCUGAACUGGAAAAGUGCCUUCAGGAGCAUGACCGUUUAGCACAGCUCUUCAUCAAACACGAGAGGCGAUUACACAUGUAUGUGGUGUACUGUCAAAACAAACCAAAAUCUGAAUAUAUAGUAGCAGAAUGUGGUGCAUAUUUUGAGGAAGUACAACAAGAAAUAAACCAGCGGCUAACCCUUAGUGACUUCUUAAUCAAACCCAUUCAAAGAAUAACCAAGUACCAGUUGCUACUCAAGGACUUUCUGAAAUUCAGUGAAAAGGCUGGACUUGAGUGUUCAGAGACAGAGAAAGCUGUGGAAUUGAUGUGCCUUGUUCCGAAACGCUGCAAUGACAUGAUGAAUCUGGGCCGUCUUCAGGGCUUUGAGGGCAAGCUGGCAGCCCAAGGGAAGUUGUUGCAGCAGGAUACAUUUUACGUAACAGAGCAGGAUUCUGGAGGGCUGUCUCGACCGAAGGAACGCAGAGUUUUCCUCUUUGAGCAAAUAGUCAUCUUUAGCGAGCUUCUUAGGAAAGGCUCUCUAACACCUGGAUACCUGUUUAAACGGAGCAUAAAAAUGACAUACCUAAUACUAGAAGAGAAUGUGGAUAAUGAUCCCUGCAAGUUUGCGCUGAUGAGUCGGGAAACGUCAGAACGGCUCAUCCUGCAGGCAGCCAAUCCUGAAAUCCAGCAAGCCUGGGUGCAGGAUAUCAGCCAAGUGUUGGACACACAGAGGGACUUCUUAAAUGCACUACAGUCUCCUAUAGAAUACCAGCGCAAAGAAAGCAGUACCUCAGCUGUAAUAAGGCCCCAGACCAGCAGGGUACCCCAGCCCAUCACCAGGCCCUAUUCCUCAGGUCCAGUGGGGUCUGAUAAACCUUUGAAGGCUACCAUGCGUAACCCGUCUCUUCCGCCUCUGAAGUUAUCUACCUCCAAUGGCAGCACAGGGCACGAGCAGCACCAGCCAGGGGACAAAUAUGAGCAGAGCAAGAAUGACUUGGGUGGGUGCAAUGGGACCUCAUCUAUGGUGGUCAUCAAAGAUUACUAUGCACUGAAGGAGAAUGAGAUCUGUGUCAACCAGGGUGAGGUGGUUCAAGUACUAGCCAUUAACCAGCAGAACAUGUUCCUUGUGUACCAGCCUGCCAAUGACCAUUCACCAGCAGCAGAAGGAUGGAUCCCAGGGAAUAUCUUGGCUCCCCUCACUAAAUCAACUACAGAUAAUAGCGACGGAAGCAUAAAGAAGUCAUGUUCAUGGCAUACCCUGCGCAUGAGAAAGCGGGCGGAAAAGGAAAGCAGUGGCAAAACUGAAGCCAAUGGCCUACGUAAAUCCAAGGAUAUUCUGGGCAACAAAGUCUCUGUUAAAGAGACAAACAGUUCAGAGGAGUCAGAAUGCGAUGACCUUGACCCCAACACUAGCAUGGAGAUCAUCAACCCAAACUUCAUCCAGGAAGUUGCUCCAGAGUUUCUCGUGCCGUUGGUGGACAUAACGUGCCUGCUUGGUGAUACUGUUGUGCUACAGUGCAAAGUCUGUGGGCGGCCAAAGCCAACCCUAACCUGGAAAGGACCUGAUCAAAACAUCAUUGACAACGACAGCAGCACGCCCGUGUAUACUAUUGCUUACUGCGAGUCAGGAGAAGUCACCCUGAAGAUCUGUAAUGUGAUGCCUCAAGACAGCGGGAUCUACACUUGCGUGGCAACAAAUGAACUCGGGACAGCAUCCACUUCGGCUACAAUCAAAGUGCAAGGUGUCCCCGCAGCCCCAAAUCGCCCUAUAGCUCAGGAAAGAAGCUGCACCUCAGUGAUUCUACGCUGGCUGCCUCCGUCCAGCACAGGGAAUUGCACUAUUUCAGGUUACACUGUGGAGUACAGAGAAGAAGGCUCCCAGAUCUGGCAACAAUCCAUUGCCUCGACUUUGGACACCUACCUCGUCAUUGAAGAUCUCACACCUGGCUGCCAGUAUCAGUUUCGGGUCAGCGCCAGCAAUCCCUGGGGAAUUAGCUUGCCCAGUGAGGCCUCUGAGUUUGUGAAACUGCCAGAAUAUGACUCUGCAGCAGAUGGAGCCACCGUUAGCUGGAAAGAGAACUUUGAUUUUGCCUACACUGAGCUGAAUGAGAUUGGAAGGGGCCGAUUUGCUGUUGUAAAGAAAUGCAUUCACAAAGCUACCAGGAAGGAUGUUGCUGUGAAGUUCAUUAGUAAAAAAAUGAAGAAGAAGGAGCAGGCAGCACACGAAGCCGCCAUGUUGCAACACUUGCAACAUCCUCAGUAUAUCACUAUUCAUGAUACUUAUGAAUCACCUUCCUCCUAUAUCUUAGUUUUAGAACUGAUGGAUGAUGGCCGUCUCUUAGACUAUCUUAUGAAUCAUGAUGAACUGAUGGAAGAGAAAGUAGCUUUUUACAUAAGAGACACAAUGGAAGCCUUACAGUACCUUCACAAUUGUCGAGUUGCACAUUUGGAUAUAAAGCCAGAAAAUCUGCUCAUUGACUUGCGGAUCCCGGUGCCUCGUGUUAAGUUAAUAGACCUAGAAGAUGCUGUUCAAAUCACAGGCCAUUACCACAUUCAUCAUCUCCUUGGAAACCCAGAAUUUGCUGCUCCAGAAGUUCUCCAAGGUGCUCCUGUUUCCCUGGGCACAGAUAUCUGGAGCCUAGGGGUGCUCACCUAUGUCAUGCUAAGUGGUGUCUCCCCCUUUCUGGAUGAAAGCAGGGAAGAGACUUGCAUCAAUGUGUGCCGAGUGGAUUUCAGCUUCCCAAGUGAAUACUUCUGUGAUGUAAGCCAUGCUGCCAGAGAUUUCAUCACUGUAACCCUUCAGGAAGACUUCCGGAGGAGACCGACAGCGGCCACCUGCUUGCAGCACCCUUGGCUUCAGUUUCACAAUGGCAGCUAUUCCAAAAUUCCGCUGGAUACCUCACGCCUAGCCAGCUUCAUUGAGCGCCGCAAACACCAGUUUGACGUGCGUCCAGUUCCCAAUGUUAAGAGCUUUAUAAUGAGCAGAAUGAACCUAGGAACAUAAUGCAAUAUAGUGACUCUGCUUUGACACUGAAGCAAGGCUGGUACGAAAAGAGAGAAAGCAGAAUCUCUGGCUUUCUCUGUAUAAAGUAAUAUAUUUGGUGUGGUGUCCAAGAAUGUGUAUGCGCUGUUCCAGCAACUGCAUUAUCUAACUAGUUAGAAUUAGAUGCUUUCAGAUGUUGCAUAUGCAACUUCUUUGGUGGCUUAUUCUUGUAAUGAUGUGGUCAUAUUGAAUACAGAUGAAUGUUAAAAAGAAAAGCAGUUGAGAAUGGGAACCAAAACUUUGUGGCCUUGCUUUGGAAAGGCAGGCUUCUAAAAGACCUAGACAGAUUUGCUGAUCUUAUUAAAAUGUAAAGUAUGUAUCUGAAAGACAAUUGACAGUAAAGAAAUAAGAAUAGGCAGUCAGUAUUGUCCUGAAAAGCAGCCUGGAAUGGAUGGAUUUCAGAUUUUGCAGAAAUUGCUUUUCUUGAAUUCCUAAUGAAGAGCCAGUUCUAUCUUACAAGGCAGACUUCAUUCAUCUUCAGUAAGAAUUAGCCUUGUGGCAAGAUAGCCCUUCGGCUAUCAUUAUGUCAGGUUUGCCUGUAAUAUGACUUAGGUAUACUGUAUUCAAAUCAAAAUAUCCAAUUGCCAAGAAGUCCUCUCUGUAUUCUAUAACAUUCUCUUGUUAAAGUUAACAUGCCAUGAAGUAGUAAUAUGCUGCUGCUGAGAUGGUAAAUUUACUGGAACAAAACAUGUUUAGAUGAAGCACAAUGAGACAAUUUUUUACUAAUUUUUAUAACUCUUGUACAGAAAUCUUUUGCAAAAUAUGUGCAUUGAGAAAAGGCUAUGUAAAAUAAUUGCUGUGUCUGUAAACUAGGUGUCAACAACUUUUCCUGUUGCAGGAUGUUGAAUUCUCUAUAGUGUGUAAGAUGGAAAGAAUCUCAUUCCUUUUUCGGUUUUAAACAUUGCUCAGUUGUGAAAUCAAUCCAAAGUUGGCCAAAGUGUGGUAAACAUAGUGGGUCCAUCCUUCUGCUUAUGACUUCAAAAUUGGUCUGUAAGACUGGUAGUUUACAUUUGUACAUAUGCAUCUAUCUCCUUAACCCUCUCAUCCAAAUAUCUGUGCUGGUAUUUUUGUUCAGUCACAAAGUCUGGUGUGAAAUAACGCAAAAGGAUUAUUAAUAUUAAAAGUAAUUGCAAUAGUUCAUUCUUAUUAACCAAACACAGAACAAUUUAAUAGUUUCCUAUAUCACCUAACUAUUUUCAACUAAAUGGCUUUGGAAGAAUAGUUCCAAAUUAUACCAACCUUGAAUUGUCAUUGUUGGAGCUCAUCCAGCUGUUUGACACCAAGGAUACUUUAGCAGAAAGAAGUCAAAUCAGUCAACCAUUCAUUAUACUUGGUUUUCUAUUCUCCCCAUUCCCCAGCAACUACUGUUUUGUGGUAAUGGAUCUACAGACUAGUAAAGGCACAUUGGUCUCUUCUUCAUACACGGAGAGAGUAAGAUCUCUCACUUUGCAUGCUCAUUUAGGAUCCACUUGUUGGAGCACAUAGACAGAAAGCCCUUUUACCUGAGUCUGUAUGAAAAGUAAGACUUGGCAGAAAAUAAUAAUAAUAAAAAAAAACCCUUAGUCAAAGAGACAACAAAGAGGAGGGAAACCAGAUGACCAUUUGCUUCAUGGUAACUCACCAUUUAGCAAUUAUUAUUGUCCUGCCAAAUGAUAAGGAAAAUCUCACCACACUUCCUCACCUAACUGCACCAAUUUAACAAGUGUUUACAGGUACAUCGUGGUCAGUUAGGGCUUGGUUUUUUACUGUCUGUAUGUGCUCUGUCAUGAUGAGUCAGAGCCCCUUCUGUUGGGGCUUGAAGGGUCACGAAAGAUCUCAUAACAUCCCCUCCAUGGUCUCAGUUGUAUAGCAAACACAGUAAAAGAGAAGAACCAGUUUUCAGACACAAUAGUAAGCUGAUGUUUUCAAAGCCAUCAUCCAAGUUUCCCCAGACAGCUUAACAGAGUUCUAAUUCUUGAUAUAGGGGUAUAUUCUUGAGGAUGCCUCAGCAUCUGCAUCUGUUCUGCCUUCAAGAGGUUUAGGAACAGGGGAAGCUGCCUUAUAAGGAGUCAGACUGUGGGUCCAUCUGGCCCACUUCUGCAAACACUGACUAGCAGUGCCUGUCCAGGGUUUCAGGCAAGAACUUCUGCCUUUCUUGGAGUUGCCAGGGAUUGAACCUGGGCCUCUGCAUGCAAAACAUGUGCUCAGCUAUUGAACUACAGUGUCUGUCUGUGGUUAAGAAAAACAACAAAAAAACGAAUCCCUGUGUAAGCUAGAAAUACAUAGUUUAUUAGGCUCCAUGUAUUUUGGUUGAAGACUGUUUCAAAUGUAAUAAUUGCAGUAAAUUGUGGUUUAUUGGACCAGGAUCCUGGUUUAAUAUUCUGGCUUAUUAGAGAGUCUUAACCCAAAGCUCCUUGGUUCAGAUUUCAGAUAAAUUGGACUAUACAAAACCACGUAAGUUUCACCAAAGGAGGAGGUAAGGGGUAAGGAGAUGCAGACAGGCAUAUGACUCAUCUUGGAUUGUUAUGGAUGAACUGGGCCAUUUUCAGGGAUGCUUUUCUUCAUUGUUGAGGGUAUAUUUUUCCUAGUGCUUCUUGGAGGCUUCCUUUUUUCUGGUUUUGGCUUUGGCUUUGCUUUGCUAUGUACCUUCUUUCCUUGUGUAGUCAGAAAAAGCUCCAUGUUUUGUAAGACUUAUGUAGUGCUUAAACAACAAUCACCCUGACUUAAAUUAAUGUUUCCUUUCCUCUGGAGAUGAUUUUUUUUUUACUACUUCCCCAUCACCCUUUUGCCACUGAGAAUUAUAUUGCUAGAUCAGGAGCUGUUCACAUUUUUACUAAUAUGGGAAAGGCAAACAUGGUGAAUGUGUUAAUUGAAUUUUUUCUCUUGCCUUACUAGACAACAAAUAAUCAAUACAGGAGAGGAGCAAGUAUAGGAAACGCAGCCUAUUUUAGAUCAUCUGGCUAGAAAAUAUGGAUUAACAAGGUAGGGUGUCUCUCCCUAGGAAAAGAAGCCAAAGUUCUUUUGUUUACACUUCUCAGUGAAAAAAAUGCUUUUUUUACCUAUUGUUUUUCUCAAGAAGCUUGCUCUUUAAACCAAUGCCAGGAUCAUAUAACUACUUGUUGGAUGGAAAUAACUCUUUAUUUUAGUUGUCACAAUUUCCUCAAGGCACUGACAAUCAUCCAGAGGCAGAUACAUGGGCUCAGGUAAAAACAAUCAUCAAGAUCCAGCUGAUGGUAGCUGUGGCUGAAUUCUGCUGAAACCUAAUUUGAAUCCCAUUGCUUUCAAUAAGACCUAAACAAAAAUCCUAUGCAUAUUUCCUGUAGAGUAAACUCAAGUGUAUAUUUACAAUGAAGAGUACAGGACACAAUGCCCUUGUUUGAAAAAAAAAAUCAUAGAGAAGAUUGUGCUGUAUGUCAUGGAUCACUUUAGCUGGAUGGGGGUCAAUGUAAGUAACACAUUUUUGAUGUGGUGUGACGGAAAAAAUAAAGGUGGAUCUUUGGCAUACCUCUUUGUUCCUUUUAGGUGUGAUAACCACGUGUUCCCAAUGCCUUCCUGCAUUUCCAGUUCUGAUCCUUAGUGCAUAUGUGAAAGAGUUACUCCAUCUGUUUCAUUGUGCACCCGCUUUUGGACUAUAUUUAUGAUCUCAAAGAAAUGCAAAAUGUGUUCUAGCUCUCAUGCAAGUACAGGAUAAAUGUCCUUGGUUAGCUACCUAUCACUAUGAAAUAAUCACCAGGGGAAACAAAUAUUUGAAUUUUUGUUGCAAGCAUAUGGCUGCUUUGCCAGGAAAUAAAUAUGAAGUCCAAAAAAUAGAUAGAAGGCGUUUUCUCAGGCACAAAGCCUUGCUUCAAAGGGCUUUGUAAUAUGAAUGUGACACCUACAUUUUCCAGAAAGCUUGACUGCAUUACAAAUGCCUCUCUUCUGUAUUAACUGUGAUUGCAUAUUAACAUUAAACAACAUAAAAAGUCAUCCGAGUCUUAUGAAUGUAAAUGCCUGAAUCUUGUUUUUGGUGUUAGCAGUUUUAAUCCUAGGCUGGCUGCAGAAUGCUGGCAGUUGUAUGGCCUUUUACUGUCUAUCCUUGCAUAGGAUUGCAUGCUUAAUAUAUGGCCCUCACUGAAACUCUGCCGUGUCUCUGAUACAGAGGCAUGUUCCCCCCUGGAACUGCUACUUGCCUGUGGCAAGCAUUAGCUUUUAGGACCAGUGGUUUUUAACGAGGAAUUGCUAUACACAAUCUGAUUCAUGAGUGCCAUGACAUAAGUAGCCUUUUUUCUUUCCCAACCACUUAUUGAAGAUGGGAUCCGGUUUAUCAUCCAUUCUGACUGUGUAUGAUCCAACAGAAAACAGUGCUUUUCUAAGGAAAUACUCUAAGAUCACUUCACCACUUUCAAAUCUGGUUAUAUAAUUGUCAUCAAAUAUCAAACUGCUAUUCUGAAAUCAUUAUAUUAGUGACUGUUAACAUGAUGUCAGAAUUCUGUAAUCUGCUAGUCUGAAGGGAGUAGAAAAAAAGCACCUUAAGCCAUAUUUUGUCGCCAUGCCCAGUUUUUCAGUGCUGGUGCUUUUACUUCUCUUUCUAGAAAACUGUUCUAUUUGCUUUUGCUCACAGGUAUUUUGACUGUAAUACUUGUAUUGAAAAUAAGGUCUGACAUGCAAACUGAACAGCAGACAACAAAAAUGCACCUUUUACGCCACAGUCCAUGCUCACUGAGGCUAGGAAUUGUACAACUUUUUUCUGUCUAAAUGUGCAUAGAACUGAAACCUAACUUAGAAGUAAGGUUCUUUGAACUCAGUGGGACUUCCUUCUGAUUAAACAUGUACAGGAUUGUGCUGUUAAAAUAUUUGCAACUAUCAUGUAAUUUGGAGUGGGGGGUGAGACUGGUUGUCAAGUGGGACUUUCCUUUGCUGGAGGUAUUUAAGCAGUGGCUGCACAGUCAUUUGUCAGGGAUGCUUAUAGUUGCAGGAUUCCUGCACCAAGCAGGGUUUGGGAUAGAUUACCUCCAAGGUCCCUUCCAACUCUUAAAUUUUAUGAUUCUAAGAGCUUCACAUUUUUUCAAGGUGCAAAUGAAUUCCAAAGCCUUAAAGAUUUUCAGUCUUUUGCUGGUCUGCCUUAAGUGUUAUUAUCUCAUUUUAUUGUUGAUUUAAUUUUAUAUGCAUAUGUGUUUUCUAAAGAUACAUUUUGUAAAUAGUUUAUUUAUACUUCUGACCCUUCAUAUGUAAUGUUGUAAAGUGAUUUCCUCCUAUCAUGUGUUCUUAUUCUUUGGCAGUAUAUGUUAUCUACAGAUGUAAAAUCUACAUUUUAGGCUAUUGCCUUCCUUAUAAAUACAGUAUAUAAAAGAC